CUCCACUUUCCCCCACUUCAGGACUCCUGACUUGUUAACUCUCUUUACUUCUCAUCCUCCUCCUUUGUUGCUGCUUUAGUUAUAUCUCUCCCUCUUCCUCCAGAGUCCCAAUCUCCAUCUCACUUUCUCUUCCACUUCGAACAAUCGAUUUGAUGAGAGUAAGUAGAGAAUAUUUUUGGGUAUCAAAUGGAGGUUUGUAUUGUUAUGCUGCAUUUUCAUGACAGUUUUUGAAGUUUUUGGAGAAAUCGUUAUUCAAUGGGAGGGGCUUGUUCGAAGAAAAGGGGCCAACAGGUCAACGAGGGAAGUAUACGAAGAGGGGUACCUGGAAUAUAUUCCAAAAAUGGCAGCUCAAAAUGGAUGGGGACUUUCCUUCCUCGGUCUAGCAUAGAUAUUCAGCAGGGAAGAGGCAAAUGCCCAUCCCUCAUGGAACUAUGUAUUCAUAGAAUAUGUGAGGAUAGUGAUAAUUAUGGCACUUUCUCCAUGCUACCAAGGGAUAUAAGUCAGCAAAUCUUUAAUGAAUUCAUAUACACCAAUCGUUUGACUGAUGUUUCUCUUGAAGCUUUUAGAGAUUGUGCUCUCCAGGAUAUUUGUUUGGGAGAAUACCCUGAAGUAAAAGACAGUUGGAUGGAUGUAAUUGCUUCCCAGGGUUCAUCUUUAUUAUCGGUAGAUCUUUCUGGUUCUGAUGUAACAGAUUCUGGAUUGGUUUUUCUCAAAGAUUGUACAAACCUCCAAGCCUUGACUUUCAAUUAUUGUGACCAGAUUUCAGACCAUGUGCUACAGCACAUUAGUGGUUGGCCACAGGUUCAAAACUUGGAAACAGCCUCUAUUAUAGGAGCAAGGGGUCUUUCAAACUUGACAUCUUUGAGUUUUAAAAAGAGCAAUGCCAUCACUGCUCAAGGAAUGAGUGCUUUUGCUGUCUUAAUUAACCUGGUAAAGUUGGACCUAGAGAGAUGUUCAGGAAUUCACGGUGGACUCAUUCAUCUUAAAGGUUUAUCAAAGCUUGAGUCUCUUAAUGUCAGGUGUUGUAAAUGCAUUACAGAUGCAGACAUGAAGCCUCUCUCAGGGCUUACAAACUUGAAAGAAUUGCAAAUUUCGUGCAAUAAAGUUACAGAUCUUGGAGUUGCUUAUUUAAAAGGUUUGCAUAAGCUUGUUCUGUUGAACAUGGAAGGAUGUCCUGUCACCGCAGCAUGCUUGGAGUCUAUCUCAGCUCUAGUUGCCCUUUUAUAUUUGAAUCUUAACAGAUGCGGUCUAUCUGAUGCUGGAUGUGAGAAGUUUUCUGCACUUGAGAAUUUGAAGGUAUUGAACUUGGGGUUCAACAAUAUCACGGAUGCAUGUUUGGUAAACCUGAAAGGUUUAAAUAAUUUGGAAAGCUUGAACUUGGAUUCGUGUAAGAUUCGUGAUGAGGGUCUAGUUAAUUUGGCAGGUCUUUUGCACUUGAAAAGUUUGGAGUUGUCUGAUACUGAAGUUGGAAGUGCUGGCCUCCGCCAUCUCUCUGGUUUGGUUAAUCUGGAGAGUAUCAAUUUGUCAUUCACCAUGGUUACCGACAGUGGCCUAAAAAAAUUGUCUGGACUGACGUCACUUAAAUCACUUAAUCUGGAUUCUCGCCAAAUCACAGAUACUGGGAUUGCAGCUCUUACAAGUCUUACUGGGUUGACUCAUCUUGAUCUUUUCGGCGCUCGUAUAACGGACUUUGGAACAAAUAGUUUGCGUAAUUUCAAAAAUCUUCGCAGUCUAGAGAUCUGUGGUGGAGGAUUGACUGAUGCUGGUGUGAGGAAUAUCAAAGACCUGGCUUCCUUGAUGCUAUUAAAUCUGUCUCAGAACUGUGACCUCACUGAUAAAACCCUGGAAUUGAUUUCUGGAUUGACUGUGUUGGUGUCUCUAAAUGUUUCAAAUUCUCGUAUCACUAAUGCGGGGUUGCCCUAUCUGAAGCCUCUAAAGAAUUUGAGAUCAUUAACAUUGGAGUCCUGCAAGGUGACUGCAAGUGAAAUUAAGAAGCUUCAAUCCACUGCUCUCCCUAACUUGGUCAGUGUUCGGCCUAUAAUACCGGAACCAUCAGGUAUGUAAUGGCACGGAAGGACAACUAUGUAUAUGGUUUUAAUUAUAGACAUUUCUUAUUACAAUAAAGCUAACAUGCUUGAAGAAUUUGUACAUAUGGAAUACUGAAUUAAGAACAUGUAAAUGUCACUGGGUCCUUGGUGCAAGAGGAAGGUGGUGCUUUGUGCUGUAUGUGAAGCAUUCUUCCAGUGUGAUCCACACAAGAAAUUGUAUAUAUGCUUCCUCGGCAUGAUAUGCAAAUGUUGCUUUGACAGUUGAAACUACUGAGAAUAUAUAAACCAUCCACUUAUAAGCAUUUUUUUAGUGAA